AUGCAGUCCACCGUCUCCACUGCUUCCUCGACCUACUCUGUAUCCACCAAGCCGCAUCCAAAAUUUUCCCGACAAGAUGCGCGACUAAUGGCGCUCGGUGAUGGGGUUUCAGGAUUUGUCGAACUCUUUCAGCACAAGUCCGGUUUCCUUUACGCGGUCAAGACAUACCAUUGCAAAGAGACGUACGAACUGCGGAGCGAGUACAAGACACGAGUGCUUUACGAGUAUCACCUUCUUGCCAAGCUUGACCAUCGCAAUAUCAUCAAAGUGUUCAAGUAUGAUGUAUCGCUCUCGGGCAACACCGUCAAGUUCUACAUGGAUGCUGGCUCUGCCAACUUGGCCCAGCUCAUUCGAGUGAUACCCAAGCACAAGUACAACCAGAACGAGAUGUUGUGUAUUUGGCGACAGAUUGUCGCUGGGGUAAACUAUUUGCAUGAUCGAGGAAUAUGUCAUCGAGAUUUAAAACUAGAAAAUGUCGUGUUUGACAUUGAUCAUUUCCAAAUCAAGAUUAUUGAUUUCGCCACCGCUGAUGAGAAGGAAGUAUGUAUAGGGAUAGUAGGAAGUGAGAUAUAUCUUGCACCUGAGACGUACACGUCGAUAAAGUAUCAUGGAACCAAAGUCGAUGUGUGGAGUGUGGGGAUUAUUUUAUUCUACUUGUGGAAUAGGAAAUUCCCGUGGAAGUCAGCAAGAUGGAACGAUCCCGAGUAUAAAGAGUUCCAUGCGGAGUCUGCACGACCGGAGUCUGAUCAAGCGCUGACCACUAUCCAUUUGAAACAAUCAGUGCUUCAACAUUUGCCCGUGGCUCUGCAUGCACUCACGAGUCAAAUAUUUGAAUGCAACCCGGAGACACGCAGUUCCAUAGCUGACUUCUACAAAGACACUUGGUUUACUCUGAUUGGGUUCUGUGACGGGGUAAACUUGUGCGGCAUUGAUCACCAUAUAAACUUUAACCCGGACAAGGUCAAAGUUUGA